CCAUUUGCCUCUGCGGCUCGGUCCCGGACGCAUCUGAGGAGUUGAGAGCGCGGUCAGGGCUUCGCCUCAGGCUCCUUGUCGGCUCUCCUUCCCGAGCAGGGUUGGCGGAGAGGGCCCAUCUCCGCGCCUGCGCCCCGGCCGUGACUCCCCACUGCGGGUGCGUCCUCUGGUCAACGGCUGGGCCGCGGCCUUCCCGGGGCCUGUGCGCCCGCCCUUCACUCGGGCCAUCGCCGAGGGCGGUGCCCUGUGCAACGAGGACACUGGGGUGCUCGCCUGUCCUGGCCUCGCUCGAACCCCAGGGGCGCACGAUGGCGGCGGCGGCGUCGCCGAUCCGCCACACGCAGGUGUCUGUGACUUUUGAGGAUGUGGCCGUGACUUUCACCCAGGAGGAGUGGGGACAGCUGGACCCUGCCCAGAGGACGCUGUACCAGGAGGUGAUGCUGGAAAACUGCAGGCUCCUGGUGUCUCUGGGGUGUCCUAUCCCCAGACCUGAGCUGAUCUACCAGCUGGAGCAUAGGAUGGUGAAGAAAGACCUCUCUCAAAUCACUUGUCCAGGUGACAGAGAAAAGCUCAAGAGCACAGAGCCUACCACUUGUGAGCCAACCCUCUCUGAGAGAUUCUCAUUCCAGGAACAACUAACACAAAAAAUUCCAGGGAAUUCCCAAGUGGACCAAACCAAGGAUUGGGAUGGCCCAUCGGAAGUUUCCCUACAGGAAGGCCACUUGAGACCAGGGAUAGACCCCCCAGGGGAGAAGCUCCCUGGAAGCCCUGAACAUGGUGGCUUAGGGACAGCUGAUGGUGAGUGUGCGAGGAUUGCGCAGGAGCCAACCCCUCCAGGAGGUGGUUUCCUUGACCAUGACCUACGUGAAUUAAGUAAAGAUCACAUGAUUCAGGAAGAGGAAAAUAUCUUUAAAUGUAAUGAAUGUGGGAAAGUUUUUAACAAGAAACAUCUUCUUGCGGGACAUGAAAAGAUUCACUCUGGAGUGAAACCCUAUGAAUGUACAGAGUGUGGGAAAACGUUUAUUAAGAGCACGCACCUCCUUCAACACCACAUGAUCCACACAGGGGAGAGGCCCUAUGAGUGCAUGGAGUGUGGGAAGGCCUUCAACCGCAAGUCAUACCUUACACAACAUCAGCGGAUUCACAGUGGAGAAAAGCCCUAUAAGUGCAACGAAUGUGGAAAGGCCUUCACCCACCGCUCCAAUUUUGUCUUGCAUAAAAGGAGACACACUGGAGAAAAAUCUUUUGUGUGCAAAGAAUGUGGGCAAGUUUUUCGACAUAGGCCAGGAUUUCUUCGACAUCACAUUGUCCACAGUGGUGAGAAUCCCUAUGAGUGCUUCGAGUGUGGAAAAGUAUUCAAACUCAAGUCAUACCUCAUGUGGCACCAGCAGACUCACACUGGGGAGAAGCCCUAUGAGUGCAGUGAGUGUGGGAAAGCCUUCUGUGAGAGUGCUGCCCUCAUUCACCACUAUGUCAUCCACACUGGGGAAAAGCCCUUUGAGUGCCUCGAGUGUGGGAAGGCCUUCAACCACAGGUCGUACCUCAAGAGGCACCAGCGGAUCCACACUGGAGAGAAGCCUUUUGUGUGUACCGAAUGUGGUAGGGCCUUUACUCACUGCUCCACGUUUAUCUUGCAUAAGAGGGCCCACACUGGAGAAAAACCUUUUGAGUGUAAAGAAUGUGGGAAAGCCUUUAGCACCAGGAAAGACCUCAUUCGGCACUUCAGCAUCCACACUGGAGAGAAGCCCUAUGAGUGCAGUGAGUGUGGGAAGGCCUUUAACCGCAGGUCAGGCCUCACGAGGCACCAGCGGAUUCACAGUGGAGAGAAGCCCUAUGAGUGCAUGGAGUGUGGGAAAUCCUUUUGCUGGAGCACUAACCUCAUUCGACAUGCCAUUAUCCACACUGGAGAGAAGCCCUAUAAGUGCAGUGAGUGUGGAAAGGCCUUCAGUCGCAGCUCAUCUCUCACUCAGCAUCAAAGGAUGCAUUCUGGGAGAAACCCUGUCAGUGUAACACAAGUGGAAAGACCCUUCACAAGUGGGCAGACUGCACUCACUCUCCGAGAACUCCUGCUGGGGAAAGACUUUUUUAAUGUAAACACUGAGGAAAAUCUUUUGCCAGAGAAAACAUCUACCACAGCAUCCGAUUGUACAUACCAAAGAGAAACCCCACAAGCAUCUUCACUGUGAGAAAACCUUUUUGUCCAGAUCAUUACUUGUCACAUGAAGACACAUUUUAGAAAUUGACCCAGCCUAGAGCCUUAUUCUGCAGCUGAGAAUUUAUGAGGGCGAGACCAGCCAUAUUGUGCACCAAGGAAAACCUCCACCUCCAUCUUUUUACUUAGUUUACAUUGUAUCUCAGGAAUUUUUAUUUUUAAAGAAGGAGGAAACUUAGAAAACGCAAUGAGACUUUUCUGUUAAGCCUACAGCACUUUGUCAUGGAUUACCUAGUUUACUUGGGGCAAGGAGAAUGUUGUUUGUGGGGCGAAGGGCCUAGAUCCUUAUGUGUUUUGUAUAUAUUCAUUGCUUUCCAUUGUCAGGAGAAUUUAGACAGUUGAAGGGGGAGUAUUUAAGAAGAUAAGGGUACACAUAUGAAUGGAAGGAUACACACAUAUGAAUGGAAAUUCUUUAUUGUACCAACUAAGACAAAGAUUAAGGCUUUGAUUUCUGUAAAACAAAUAAUUUUUAUGUGGUUGUAAAACCUAAAACUCUUUAUCCCAGUUUAUUGUUUUAUUUCUGUAGCUAGACUGUAAAUUUUAAAAUUGAGUAAAGUGAUUCUUCUGUUUAUAUUAUUUGAAAUUGACUUAGCUUUUCCUAGUUCUUAAAAAAAAUUUUACUCUCAUUUUGAUAGAAAUUGAUUUGCACUGUAGGUCAGUUUGAGAACCGGCAUCAUGAACAAAUACAUGAUACACUACAUUUAUUUAAGUAAUUCUUGAUUUAUUUCAUUAGCAUUUUAUAAAUUUCAGUAUACAGGUUCUGAAAAUUUUUGUUAGGAUACAUUUCUAGAUUUUUUUUGAGUGAUAGUAAGUGGCAUUGAUUUUUUAAUUUUAAUUUUCCACACAGUCUUUGGUAGUACACAGAAAUGUAAUAGUUUUUUGGUAUCCUGCAACCUUGCCGAACUCACUUAUUAGCCAUUUCUUUGGAUAGAAGCCUUGAGAUUUUCUACCUAGAAAUGUCAGCUGCAAAUAGUUUUAUUUCUCCCUUCCCAAUUUGUAUACCU